UUACAAGGUUAAAAUGUAUAAAAGGUUCUAGUUUACUUCCCCUUUUUUUUCUUUUUAGAGGACAGAAGCAGAGCUCUGCCGGUGUCAGUCGGGGGAGACGAGACAGAGAGUAUUGCUGAGAGUAUUGGAUGGGCACCUUGGAAAAAGGGAAGGCCUAUUUGUAGAUCAAGGAACAAUAAUCAACAAUGCGUUGUUGAUGCAUCCUCGUCGACGUGAAACUCUUUACUGAAUGGUGCAAAGUAGACAAGUCACAGACAUGACGAUACUAUUGGUUGUCCUGACCUUCGUUAUCUUGCUUAUCCCAGGAUUAACCAGUUAUGGUUUUAGGAACUGCAUCCAAAGCCCUGAAAAUAUCCAUAGUUACAACUGUGUCUUUCGAGAACUGACAGAUAUUAAAAGUGCAGUAGAUGACCUUUCCAGCGAUGUACAGUUUCUUAACGUCUCACACAACAACAUCCUGACUCUGCAUCAAGGAAGCUUCCAGCACAUGCCUUUUCUCCAUACCCUACGGCUAAACAAUAACAGCUUACAACAUCUUGACCCAGGAGCCUUUGAGAACUUAACAAUGCUAGAAUAUUUGGACUUGUCAUCAAACUUGAUCUCAAAUCUCUCCAAGGAAAUGUUUCUUGGGCUCCAAAAUGUAUCAUACCUAUUUCUCAAUGAUAACUUGUUGUCCUUCAUUCACCCGGAAGCCUUCAGACAUCUAACAAACCUCCAACUCUUCAAUCUAUCAAUGAAUAACUUGCAUAACUUUGAAAAGUUUGUCCAGUCUAUUCACCCCUUGCAGAAACUGAAUACUUUAAUGCUGUGCAGUAACCAGAUUUCCUCACUGAAUCAUACUCAUAGACUUCCCUUUACUCUACAAAUACUCUUCCUAUGUAAGAACCACCUGACCACCAUGGAUUGUCAACAUGACUUCUUCCUCAAUGUUAGUUCUCUUGACCUAUCAUAUAACAACAUUUCCACAUCUUCUCUGCAAACUAUGGAUUUGAGACAAGUCAAACAUUUGAGUUUAGCUUUUAAUGACAAUUUAGAUAUACUCACAUUCAUACAGAAUUCUACUGCUCCCAUUAGAAGAAUUGAUUAUUCUGGAUUAAACCUAAAUAAUGACUCUAAACUGAAAAUAUUGUGCCGUUACCUAAAAGGCUUCACUAUGAACUCACUCAAUCUCCUUGAAAACAAUAUUAGAAAACUGAGCAGUGGCACAUUGACUGAAUGUCCAAUCAAAACGACAUUGGAUUUAUCCAGAAACCGUCUGAAGGGUCUUGGUUGUUUGGAAUUUAUGAAAGGGUCAAAUGUAGAAAAUCUAUUUUUGGAGCACAACUUGUUAAAGGAACUGAUUACCUGCAGCAAAGCAAAUCAUUUCCCAAACCUGCGAUACAUCUCUUUCCGAUACAAUAGGAUCUGGAUAGUGAAAAGCAAUUCAUUUCAUUUUGCUCCCAAUUUACAAACACUGUAUUUAAACAUCAACAACAUUGUAUUUCUGGAAAGGUACGCCUUAAGUGGCCUGAGAAAUCUAACAGAGUUACGUCUAGAUAACAAUUUGAUAACGGACUUGUAUGAAAACUCAUUUGACGAUUUAACAGAACUUAUGAUUUUAAAUCUCCGGAACAACAGGGUGUCUGUCAUCUUCUCCAGAGUGUUUCACAGUCUGAGAAAACUCAGAACUCUGGACUUGGGCGGUAACAAAAUAACGCAGUUAAAAAGCCAAUCAUUUUAUGGCCUCCAAUCCCUGUCUAAACUUUACCUAGAUGGCAACCAGAUCAAGGAAAUCAGCAUACAUGUCUUCUCCUAUGUGCAGUCUACCCUACUUGUGCUGGACCUGAAAUCAAACAAGUUGCACUUUAACAGCGCCAGGGAGACAUUCUCGCCCUUCCAUAAUCUUUCCAAACUUUAUGAUCUAAAGCUUCAAGCUCAGCAACCAUACGGUCUUACUGCCAUUCCACAAGGUUUCUUUAAAGGUCUUAAGUCUCUUAAAUCACUUUAUUUAGCACAAAACCGAAUUUCCUCUCUCAGUUCCAAUGUGUUCGAUGAACUCAGUCAGUUGACCUACCUCAGUCUAGCCGAGGACUGUAAUGGUAUCCAAAAACUACCAUCAGGUAUCUUCAAGAACCUCAGAAACCUUCAUGUUCUAGACCUUGAAAAUAUUUGCCUUCAGUAUAUGAAAAUGGAAGUGUUUUCAAACCUUACUAAUUUAAAGAGAGUGCUAUUGACAAAAAAUGCACUGCAACAUAUAAAUAUCAAAGUUUUUGAGAACAUGACUCAAUUAAAAUACCUGGACCUGCGCAAGUGCCCCCUUAGCUGCACUUGCAACAAUGCUGAACUGCAAAUGUGGUUUAAAAAGGCCCCUGUGCAGAUUAUCCAUCCUUACAACUUGACGUGUCCUGACAAAGAAAAGUCUUACUUUCAUGACUUUGACACCAAUGUCUGUGAUAUGGAAAUUAAACUGAAUCUCUUUUGCUCAUCUUUUCCCAGCAUUUUGCUCUUUAUCAUAAUUCCCAUCGUAUAUAGCAAGUUCUACUGGAUGCUCAAGUACAAUUACUUUCUCUUUGUUGCCUGGCUACACGAACGAUGGAAGUCAGAAAAAGAACUCUAUAAAUAUGAUGCUUUUGUCUCUUACAAUACCCAUGAUGAGGAGUGGGUAUAUAAAACAAUGCUGCCUAUGCUAGAGAACUCGGCUCUUCGUCUCUGCCUCCAUCACCGGGACUUCCAGCUUGGUAGAGACAUCAUAGACAAUAUUGUGGACAGUAUACACAACAGCCGUAAAACCAUUUGUGUUGUGAGCAGGAGCUACUUACAGAGUGAGUGGUGCUCCUUAGAGAUGCAGCUUGCCAGCUACAAACUCUUUGAUGAGAUGAGGGAUGUCCUUGUACUUAUCUUAUUAGAUGAAAUCCCAGACAGAGAGCUUUCCACUUAUCACAGGAUGAGGAAACUGAUGCUGAAAAAAACAUAUAUUACUUGGCCAACUGAACCUGAAGCACAACAGUUGUUUUGGGCUAAAGUCGAAGAGGCAGUGUCAGGCCAAAGGCCCUCAGAGGUUGUAGUGGGAGCAAAAAUUAGAGAGCUUAACCAUUGUUCAGCUGAGCGGUACUAAGUUCUAUGCAACCAAAUUUAGUUUAUUAUAAUAGAUUAUUUUAAUGGAGAGAUGAAGGUUAGUGCCUAAUCCUAAAU